AUGUCAUCCUCAUCACCAGACCUCCGUGUAGUCGUCACGGGCCACACCCAAGACGGAACCUCCAUCUUCACCUCGGAUACCACGGUCCAGCCCAUUCACCACUUUGGUCCCGCGGGCCCAUCAUUUGCCGUGCUCGACGCGCAGUCCUCGGUCCCGGCCUCUAACCAGACCCCCGGCCCCGACCUGGCCGGCUCGCUGCCGCGGUGUCCCCCCGAGGGAGUGCUCUUUUCCGUCGUCACGUACCCGCCGGGGUUCUCGGCGCCGGCGCCGCACCGCACCACGACGCGCGACUAUGGCGUCGUGCUGGCGGGUGAGAUUGUGUUGGAGCUCGAGGGCGGCGGCGGAGAAGAAGGAAAGCAACAAGGAGAAAGGAAGACGUUGCGGCAGGGCGACUUUUUGAUUCAGGGCGGUGCGAGUCAUUGUUGGAGUAAUCGAAGCAGUGAGGAUUGUCGGGUGGCGUUUGUCAUGGUAGGCGCAGACAAGGUGCGGACGGCUGGUGGAAACGAGUUGGAGGAGACUGUUUUUCAGAAAAAGGGAUAA